UGGGUUCUCAGGUCGACGCCCUCUUGGCUGCUUCUCCAUAUAAUUAAGUGCAGUGUUUGGAGGAAACGCAUGAAACAUUGAAUUGUGAGACUGAAGUGUGUUUAUCUCACAUUCACGAGUGCUGUAAUAUCUAAUUCCCGUCAUUGCUAGUAGUUUUAAGUGGUGGGUCAGUCAGAGAAACGCACUAGGAGCUCCGCACCAAAGGCUUUGGUCUGACUUCAUCUCCAGAGAGCGAGCGCAAACAGACCUUCCUGUCUGAUUCAGAAUGGAUGUGCUCGCGAGCGGACAGAAGAUGUUGGCGGGGAAGGGUGCAGCGUGUCUGACAUGUAAAGAGAUCUGCUCUGGAUUCCAGCCACAUUCCUGGAGGAAAGCUUGCAUACAGUGCCACUGCAGUCAGGAGGAGCAUGUGUCCAGCUCUGACUCUGAGGAUGACCGUAAGAUGGGGAGACUGCUGGCAGAGUCCCGUUAUGCCCAUCUCACAACUAAGGUUAAGGGAGGAGAUGGCACGAGGGUCUAUAAACGCAACCGCAUGAUCGUCACCAACCCAGUGGUCUCACGUAAAGACCCAACGUUCAUCACUGUCACCUAUGACUGGGCCCCACCAGGCCUCACCCAGAAACUGGCGAUGCAGUACAUGGAGCUUCUCCCUGAAGAAAGGCGACCUGUGGCAGGCACAGAAGGAUCAUUAUAUCGCCACAAGCAACUGAUAAGACAGCUACCUUCCUACGAUCAUGACCCUGCAUACUGCCACAGCCUGUCUGAGGUGGAGUUGAAAGCUAUGGCUCAGUUUGUGAAGUCCUUUAAAGAGGAAUCCUUAGGAGUAGGAGAGGUUGCUCUGCCUGGAGAAAAAUGCAUGGCAGUAAAGAAUGAAAAGGCCUCCCAAGAACAGCCAGAUCCUGAGACUACCACAAAUGGAACCGCACAGUCUCCUCUCAGCAAUAAGAGUGAAUAUCAUUGCAGUGGCUGUGGACAGUUGGCAGCUAUGGACAGUCCUGUGGUGUAUGCCGACAGGGCUGGGUACUCGAGACUGUGGCAUCCCAACUGCUUUGUGUGCUGUGAGUGUGGCGAGCCUCUGGUGGACCUGAUUUAUUUUUGGAAGGAAGAAGCGCUGCUGUGUGGACGCCAUUACUGCCAGAGCAUCAGACCUCGCUGCCUGGGCUGUGAUGAGCUGAUCUUCUCAGAAAUGUUCAUGCAGGAGGCCAGUGGUCAUGUGUGGCAUAAGGAACACUUCUGCUGCUGGCUGUGUGGGCAGAAUCUCAGAGUUCAAUGUGCUUGUGACAAGCGUCAAUCGAUAUCCAGUUCAGAUUAGAUUUUAUAUUCUAUGUCAGCAUCCUCCUCAAAAACACAAAAUAUUACUGUUUACUGAAAGUCUAGGACCUAUUAAAGGGGUCAAAAAUUGAGAAAUCUAAUUUUCCCUGAUCUUUUGACACAUAAAAUGUCAUAGUGCUAAAGUGUAUAAAAACAGACUGUACUUUGCAGAACUCAAAACUUCCUUGUUAGUUCAAAAACAACUUUUCUUGAAACCAAGCUGCCAAAACUAGUUUUCCACUUCUGAGUUUUAAUAGAGUAAUAUGUCAGCAACAAGAUUCCCUGCACAGACACAUAUCAAUGCCUGCCUGAUUUUGAUUUAACUCACUUGCAGGUGAUUCUUUAUUUACCAACAUUUUGUACCUUGACAAAAGCGAUAUGCAGAAACAUUUGAUAAAUAAAGAAUCACCUGCAAGUGAGUGUGCGGUCUUAUGCCUCUUUAUGCUACUUAGAUGUCUUCUGACCGGCACCUCGCAUGGUGUGCUUUUGCAUGCUUAUUUUACUAAGGAACAAACCAAAACCACAACACUACAGCAGAUGUAGAUUUAUCUUACUUUAUUUGUUGUUGAUAAAAUAUGUUCUCCAAUCCUUUUUUUUUUUUAACCCAUGUUGCCAGAAGCCAACAUUAUGUAGCCUAUUCUUUGUUAAAAAUGUGAAGGAAUAGAUAAACUUAGCAUAAAUUUGCACCUCAAAAAGGAAAUGUAUGUUAAUAUUGAUAAGAAAAUCCCCACAAUUAAUUGCUUAAAUGACUUUGGGAUUGCAGAGUGACAUUUAUACAGUAUUCAGGAGAGUAUACAAUGAAAAACAGAUGGACAGAAACAUUUUGGGUCCCACAUUAUUAAGCAAACUUAACUACUGUGUACUUACAUCAACAAAUAAAUACAAUAUUGUGUUCAUAUUGAAAAAAA